CAUGUUGCAGGAGUGGAAAUGCAGUUAACAGCUGCUGUUUCUUUUUUGACUGUUCUGCAAGAGGAGUCGGUGUCCAUUCAUACAUACUCCCACUCCUUCCUACACAUCAUUCUCCAGAACCUGGAACACAGAGAUGCAGGUGUCAGCAAUGCAUGGUUAGAAACUCUUCUUGCUGUAAUAGAAGCUUUACCAAAAGAAACUGUCAGACAUGAGAUUCUGAAUCCACUUGUUUCCAAAGCACAGCUUUCUCCAACACUUCAGUCCCGCUUAGUUAGUUGUAAAAUCAUGGGAAAAGUAGCUAACAAAUUUGAAGCUCAUAUUGUUAAAAGAGAGGUGCUUCCAUUGGUAAAAUCACUGUGCCAGGAUGUGGAAUAUGAAGUUAGAGCUUGCAUGUGUCGGCAGCUGGAACAUGUAGCUCGAGGAAUAGGGACAGAACUAACAAAAACUGUGGUGCUUCCUGAGUUAGUGGAGCUGGCAAGAGACGAGGGCAGCAGCGUACGCCUGGCAGCUUUUGAGACCUUGGUGAACCUGCUUGAUAUGUUUGAUGCAGAUGAUCGGAGUCAAACUGUUCUCCCAUUAGUGAAAUCGUUCUGUGAAAAAUCCUUCAAAACAGAUGAAUCUAUCCUAGUUUCUUUAUCUUUCCAUUUAGGGAAACUGUGUAAUGGAUUAUAUGGCAUUUUUACUCCUGAACAGCACUUGCGGUUUUUGGAAUUUUACAAGAAGCUUUCCACACUGGGUUUACAGCAGGAAAAUGGGCAUAAUGAUAAUCAACUACAUCUGCAAACUCUGGAACAGGAAAAGAAGUAUAUUUCAGUGAGGAAGAACUGUGCUUACAAUUUUCCAGCCAUGAUUGUUUUUGUGGAUCCAAAGAACUUCCAUUUAGAACUUUAUUCUGUAUUCUUCUGCCUUUGUCAUGACCCUGAAGUUCCUGUCAGAUAUACCAUGGCCAUUAGUUUCUUUGAAGUUGCUAAGCUUUUAAAUUCUGAUGUGUAUACAAUACAUAAAGAACUGGUUACACUGUUACAGGAUGAGUCACUGGAGGUAUUAGAUGCUCUAGUAGGUCACCUUCCUGAAAUCCUUGAACUAAUGACUAAUCGAGGAGAAAACAAUGGAUCAGAAAGCAAGUUACUCUCUAUUCCUGACUUGAUUCCUGCAUUAACGACAGCAGAACAGAGAGCAGCGACUUCUUUAAAAUGGAGAACACAUGAGAAGUUACUGCAAAAAUAUGCUUGUCUCCCUCAUAUCAUAUCAAGUGAUCAGAUCUAUUACCGUUUUCUCCACAGGAUGUUGACAAUCAUUUUGACAAAUAAUGUCCUGCCAGUGCAGAAAGCAGCUGCUCGGACUCUGUGCGUUUAUUUGCGCUACAAUCGCAAACAGGAGCAGAGACACGAGGUUAUUCAGAAACUGAUCGAACAACUGGGCCAAGGAAAAAGUUACUGGAACAGACUUCGUUUUUUAGAUACUUGUGAAUUCAUUAUGGAACUGUUUUCAAAAUCAUUUUUCUGUAAAUACUUCUUUUUACCUGUGCUUGAACUUACCCAUGACCCAGUGGCAAAUGUCAGAAUGAAGCUAUGCUGCUUGUUGCCAAAAGUCAAAUCUACUCUGAAGAUUCCCACUGAUAAACAUUUACUUCAGCAGUUGGAAUUAUGUAUAAGGAAACUUCUGUGUCAAGAGAAAGACAAAGAUGUCUUGACUAUUGUGAAAAGAACAGUGUUAGAAUUGGACAGAAUGGAGAUCUCUGUGGAUGCUGAACAAUUAGAAAAAGAGAAGCAGAAAAAUGAAGGAAGAUCUACAAAUAUUAAUGAUAAAAUGUUCGAAAAGAAACGUAGAGACAGUAAAACAUCAUCAGUGUUGGCAAAAAGUAUCAAUCUCUCUAUUUCUGGAAGCUCUUCUGGUACAUCAGCAGGCAAAGAAGAAAAAAAAUCCAAGCUGGUUCGAAGCCAAUCUUUCAGUACUCAAGUACUGCAUCCAAAAUACAGCAACAUAGACAAGUGCCCUAAUAAAAGUUCUGCUACAGGAUAUACAUCUUCAGUACCAGGGAUGGGAAAGAGUUGUAUGUUAUCCUUUAGUGAUGACUCCUUCAGGACUCAUGCUGCUGGCAAUAGUGGGAAUGCUGCCUUCCAUUCCAGCUCUUCUCGCAACUUAUUCAACUCAGCUGACCACAAGAGCAAUGGGAAUAAGGAGAGUCAGACCCUCAGAAAGAUGAGCAUAAAAAACAGAAAAUCAAACUCCUAAAUCACCUGAAAGAAAAAUGAGGGAACCAGAGACUGGAGGAAGCAACGUUCUGGUGGGAUAAGGUGGGAGCAGCAGAUGGGACUCUCUGAUGCCUGAACUGAAUAAAACGCAUCCUGCAAUGUUAAAAAUUUAAAAUAAAUCUUUUACAUAAAAUUCCAAGCUGUAAAAUAUGUUCUGAUAAACAAUGUAAUGGUUGCAGAAUUUUAACAUCAUAGUGAAAUGAUUUGAACUAUAACUUCAGCUAUGUGCUCUUAACUGCUGCAGCUAAGGAGAUUUUGUUUUCUUCAGUUAGGCCUUUAUAGUUUGAAGUCUUGGAUUUAGAAUGCACAUACCCAUUAUUUAAUUGGCUUCUUUACAAUCUUAGCAACCCUAAGCUCCCAUAUUUUAAGGAAGAAAUAGAAGGAAUUGUUAUGAAUAUGAAAAAGGAAUCCCACAUUUUCAAGAAUCUGCAAACCUAAUUUAAGACCAAAGUCCAGAACCAUUAUUAAAAAAACAUAGACUUUUCAAGCAUUGUGCUGUGAAUUUGGAAUUAAUGUUUUUACAAGUACUAAGUUCAUAAAAAUCCUGUGUAAGUUUCAAAGCAAUCUAAAAGCAAAUGUCUCCAGAUGAUGUAAAAAAAAGUUGUAUUUCAUAAGUUUUGUUGUAUAAAUACUUGUUUUAAUUUUAGUAUUUCAAAUUGUAUUUUCACUUUAAUAAUUUAUAAUAAUGAAUCUAGUUUUUAAUCAGCUGCUGUUGCAAGCUGUCAUGGUUCAGUGAUGUCAUCUGCAUUUGUUUGUAUUAAUGCUAAUGUUUCUAUCAAAAUUAAUGUGGAAAAACAUGCAAUCAUAUUUUGAAAAGUUCUAUUUAUGCCAAUACUUGAGAGAGAUAAUGAAGCUAUUGUCAGCUUCUCUUUCAAAAUGGAGGCAGCAUAAAUAUAUUGAUAUCAGAAAUAUAUGGUUUUUAAAAUUUAUUGGUGUAUGAUAAAGAUGAUCUGGUCUGUGUAUGCAAAUGUGAGUGUGGUUACUUUUUAUAAUGUAAAAACAUGAAUGGUGAUUUACUCAAAAUAAAAUCUAGGACAAUGCUGUACAUGCAUGUUCUUGAAAGAAAAAUCUCAGGGCAUCUUUUAUAAUUAAAAUGAAUAAAAGCACUUACCCAUGGAGGGUAUUUAUUUAAAAUACUAAUAA